ACCGAUUCGGAAACUCCAUUCGCCAAACCCAGCCCGUUGAAGAGACUAAUGGAAUGUUGCGAACGACUGCUCGGUGAACAAACACCGGCUCCUUUUCGCAGCGUUCUUCCCGAUAGAUACGUGGAGGAAAUAAUCCGACUGAACGUCACGAAGUCAACCCCAUAUGGUGAUGCUACAGGUGGAGCUGCUCAUCCAGUCAAUGUUCCGAAUGAUCCACUUAGUGUGGGUCAAAUGUUCAGUGCACUUGAUUCCCUGAUCGGUGGACAAACAAUCUACGGAUCAUCAUGCUGGUCCGAUUGUCCACAGGCCCCAAAUCUGCUCUGCACUCCUACCUUGCAAAUGUGGAGUAAUGUGUUCAACAUGUUAACACUGCCUAGAACAUCCACACUGUGGCCCAUCAGUUCGUUUGACUCGGUGGGUACUUUACCGCGAACAGAGGAGAUCGGUCCGAAAUCGAAACGCCAAAAGCGGGGCUCAAAAACCGAAAGCGCAUCCAACACAAUACAACCACGUUCAGCGGCUCAGUUGAUGGAAUAUAAUGACCAUACUGUUGUGGAGACACAAAAUCCCCAAACGUGUUUGCGUGAUUCCUGUUCCCCAACCAAAAGGCAUCACAUAUCACCUGAUAAUGUAGAUGUGACCACUGGAACCAUUAUGAAACCUGCAGUAACAUCGACGUCACUGUUUUCCGCAACCACGACACUUAUAAGAAAUGAAAUGCAAUCUGCACCGGUUGAAACCCAGAAACAUUUAAAUCUACCAGAUCUGACAUCCAUCGACAGUUCCAAUGUGCAUUGUGCAGGCUUUAAAUCACUUACAGUGCAGGCUCCGGAGCAUCCUAACAGUCUCGACCUAUUGACCAACCUAAUGCUUCUCACAGCACUCUUCCAACAGGUCUGCACUCCGGGCACCGGCACGGGUAUAGCCGCGGGUUCGAAUACCGUUCCAGCCGCCCAAGGUUGUUCCAGUGGCUCNAGCCAUCCAUUAGCAUGGAACAAACGAAUGUGGCCAAUCUGCCCAUGUUGGGUGGACCGCAAUCACCUCUGUUCCUGUUCACGCUUUUGGGACUGUUGCCUACAUCAUUUCCGCGACAAUGAGCACCGAUAUCCUCGGGAUUGA